UUCAGCAUAUUGUUAUUCAUUAUCGUCCAAUAAAAAAUAUAUUAAUUGAAAGAGUACAUUCAUCGCAUCGAUUCUUAACCUUGAAACAGCUAUCAAUACGUAAUUCUUUAGAUAUUUUAGAUGUAAUAUAUAUAAAAAUGUCAAAAGUGAAUUCAGAGACACCUAAUGGUGAAUCUGCAGUGGUUACUGAAGAAAUUGCUGAAAAACGCAUUGGUUGUGCUCAUUACAAACGAAGGGCCAAAUUUGUGACACCAUGCUGCAACAAGCUGUAUAUGUGCCGAUACUGUCACGAUGAGAAUGAAGAGCACUACUUCAACAGAAAGUCAGUUUCAGAGCUGAUAUGCACAGAAUGUGAUACUCGGCAGAAGGUCCAAGCGGAAUGUGUGAACUGCGGAGUGAGAUUUGGCAAUUAUACGUGUCUGAUUUGCAACUUGUUUGACGAUGAAGAUAAGAAACAGUACCACUGUGAAGGCUGUGGCAUAUGUCGUGUGGGAGGACGGGAUAAAUUCUUCCACUGCGAGCGGUGUAAUAUGUGUUUACCUGUACAAUUGAAACGUGUUGGUCACAGGUGUGUAGAGAACGUGUCCCGGUCGAACUGCCCCGUGUGCUUGGAGGACAUUCACACGUCGCGCAUCCCGUGCCACAUCCCGGACUGCGGACACCUGCUGCACCGCCCGUGCUUCGAGCAGAUGCUCAAGUCGGGACACUACGCCUGCCCCACGUGCCAGACCAGCAUGAUUGAUAUGACCAAUCUAUGGAACUACCUGGACUCCGAGGUGGCGGCGACUCCCAUGCCGCCCGAGUACGCCGACUACAAGACGACCAUUCUCUGCAAAGAUUGUCACAAGUUAUCAACUGUAAAGUUUCACGUGGUCGGACUCAAGUGUCAACACUGUGGCGGAUACAACACGUGUCAAACGAAUGGAUUCCACAAAGAUAGCGGCAGUUCCGAGCAGUGCGAUUCAUCGUCGUCUCCGUCGAGCUCCACCAGUCGAAGUUCAACCUUCGAACCGCGAGACGAACCGAUCAACGAUGACCUACCGCAAGCCAAUCCACUCGACGAACCCCCGCAGGCCUGACCAGAACCGGAUCAAACCAGACAGAGCCGGACCGAUCCCGGAACAAACCGGCACGUCUGACGUCAUGCGGACUAAUUUUGUACUUUAAUUGGACGUCUUUUAUAUGUAUAGCGUAUUAACUAUUUCUAAAUGUUUUGGAUUUUUUAAUUUAUUUAUCUCGGACGUAAGCAUGUACAUAACCCUAAUUGAAUUAUAAUUCAAAAUGUUAAGAGUACAAUAGCCGGCAUCAGUCGUGAGCAUAGGUAGUAGUGGGGCAAACUCGUGCAUGUAUAUUUUCAGCCGAAUGACAAGUGACAGUCCAAUGGACGACGAGCAGCGACUGACGGACCAAUCGCGAGCAAGGUCGACGCCCCCUGCUCUUCAGUCUUCUAAAGUGACCUAAUAAUGUACUGUAUGAGUUUGUGCUCGAAACUCGCGCCACUUGCUAUGCAUAAUCGUAAAACUCACUGUGUAUUCUGUAUUCGUAUGCGGAAGCAUUCCGACGAGAGAUCCUAAGCCGUUUACUGUGUAAGGAUUAAAUACAUUAAAAAAAAAAGUGUCACAGAGUGAAGACGUGAAACGAAUAUAGGAUAUCCAGCGAAAACAAAAACGUACACUAGGGAUUUAGAGUUUGAAAGGAUGAACACAAUCGACUAGAGAGAGUUUCAGAAAUGCCGCCUACAGUAUGAACUAAAUCGCCGCCAUUGUUUUACGACACUCACAAUGAUAUAAUACAAUAUCAAAUACGAAAAUUUUACAAACUUUUAUUAAAGUAACAAAUAAAGCUGAGUACAUGUGUAUCACAUUUUUGUAUUAUAUAUUCUAAUAUAUAAAAAAUGCCAUGAUAGAAAAACCGUUUUUGGAUAAAUUCCACGCCACAGACUAUCAGUCUUGCGAACCAACUUAGAACUAUAUCAUUACAACUAAUAAGAAAAUUCUUGGAAUAUGAAGGUUAUAAAAUAUUCUUAUUAUUUAUUGUUCAUUAUCGAUUUAUAUGAAAUAUUGUUACCAUAAUAUCUUUAAGUAUAAAUUCACAAUCUAGACCUUUUUGUAUGAAAGAGGGGCAGUGAGCUCAUCUGAUGGAAAGUGACAACCCUAACGGAUCUGCAACACCAGAGGGUUUACAGGUGCAUUACUAGUCUUUUAGGCUCUUUUCUAUAAAGUUUCUCCACUGGCGAAAGCUGGUUGCACGGAGUGGUUGUGUGAGACAGAAAAUGUCUUAAAAAACGCGCUUGAUCAUCCCGUUAAAGAUGCUGUAAGCGGAUGAAUCCAAUCGAAGAGAGUUUGAUCGACAUCAGUUCAAACAAGACGGUUAACAAGAAUGCUUUAGGCGAUAAGCUGUCACGCCAAACUUUUUAGAGGUCAAUUCGGUCUUACCUUCCAAUUGGUCAUGGAACAGAACGAUUUUCGAAAUUUCGAUGUGAAGUGUUCCGAUAAUAUAUAAGGCAGCCAGGGAAGUAUUCUCAAAAUAAUGAUAAACGACAUUUAGUGACUUUUUAGUCAACUCGCAAAACGUGUAAUUACACGUUUUCGCGUUGAAUUAGACCAGUUUAGUUAGCCUCAGUCCGUGACUAAUAUUUAUUGACAUUAUAUUUUUAUAUUAAAGGCCCUAAGCAUUAAAUAAAUUCAAGUUAUAAUCUGCGGUAUGUCAACAAAAGGAAUAAAUAAUUUUUAAAAUAAAAUUAUCAAAAACAUUUCGUCACAAUUACCGAAUAUGACGUAUAACAUUGCCCCAGCUUGUAUUUGAAAUGAUAAUCAUCAUAACGUCUAAUUUAUUAUAUUAUAUUAGAUAUUUUUAUAGCAAUUUCUACUUGCUAAAAUAAAUUUCAAAUAAAAAUUAUCUAUAACUUUGGCGUCGUAUAGGUCGUCUUCUCACUCGGGCACAUAGAUGCAAUUAUUAUUAUUAGAAUACAUACGAAGGUUACUCAAAAAAUAUCUAACAAAAGAUCACCUAUAAUACUGUUUACUAUAUUAUUAUUAGUUUUAUUUGGUAAGAAAAAGUAUAUCAAUAAAAUUUACGUCCAAAUUAAAACAUUGAGACGCUCAAUUUUUUAACUAUUUUAAAUAUCAUAAUUAUUAUUUAUGAUAAAUAUUCUAAAAAAUCCGUCAAAUAAUAAUAUAAUGUUUAAGGUAAUACUUUGUGAUAUCAUUAAUAUAGAUUGGGUUUGUAACGAAAAUUUGUUAUUUUAUAACUGCCUCGUCCGUCUAGCGUCAAGUUUGCUGAGCUUGAAGCUGUAGAUCAUGGGGUCUCGGGCUCAAAUAACGAGUCUGGCCGUAAAAGUUAUUGGGUAUUUCUAUCAAAUAAUUCUCAGUUAUGAGAGUUGCCAGUGUUACUUACCCAUAAUUCGUUGCGCACAUAAAACAUUUGUCCUGCGGUCCAUCGGACUGAGAGUGAGGUUAGAAAAGAUUGCGUUCACUAUAUUCCAAUGCUAAGAGGAAAAGUAAAGAUAAACGAGCAUUACGCGCCACCAAUAAUUCCAUAAUUAUUUAAAACCACUCAAACUUUCACUUUAAAAAAUCCGAUAAGAAUUUUGCCAUUUUUUCACAAAUCAAUAAUUUAGUUCUCGACUAACGAUGGCAUGUCAAUUUAAGAUCAAAGUUGUAUGUUUGUCUUAACGCCUCCUGCCAUUGGAAUUGGCUAUAGAUGGAUGAUUUUACAUAAAUUCUUUUAUAUACGAUGUUCUUAAAUAUUCUUUACAAGCCUAAUUUGUAUAAUAAACAAUAAUCGCUAAUAUUUAAUAAAUAUCAAUGUUAGUAUUUAAUAUAAUUAACAAUUUGAUUAGGCUUGUAUAAAUUUAUGAGGCUUUGUAGUAGAUUUUGUGUAUAACACCUACUUUAAGAAAAAAAGUAUUAACUUGCUAUUUGUGUUAACAAAUGUGGACCUUGUGUUGUUUCAAUAACAACAAUUUCAAUACGAUAUCAUACAUAAUGUAAUUAGUCACUGUGUAUAUUAAAUAUCUAACACAAUGUUAAUGAGAAAAUUUAAUAAGUAAGCUGUUUACCCGUAUAAAAAUCUUUGCACCAGUAUUUGAAAAUGUAUUCCAAAGUUGUUUUUUAAUAACAAUACUUUUCAACUGAAAUUAUUGAUGUGCUUUAUAUUAUUUUGUUGUAAUUUCUACCUAUAGUAAGUAGUAAAAACAAGUAACAGCCUGUAUAUACACUGCAGGGUUCAGGUUUUACUUUUAAGAAGGUAUUUAGUGUAUUUUAUCAUUCAGAUUGGUGGGUACACUUGAAGGUGCUCUUAGUAAUGUCUAAUUUGGUAAUCUUUUUAAGUAUAUUCAGUAUGUUUUCAUAUUAUAUAUGUCUUACUGCCACAACAACCGCCGUUACGAUGAUAUAUAACACUAUAAUAAUAGUUUUAUAGUAUCUUAUUAUCUCUUAUGGUCAUAAGUGUUCUAUAACAAUAAGUAUUCUGUGUUAAUUUCAAAGGCUUUUUUUUUAUCUUUCUCUAACAGUGGCUAUUUGUUAUUGACCCACAUCCAAAACCGCAAUCUUCUGGUGUUUUAAGUUUGGAAAUGAUUCCACCGUGUUACUCCAGUGCGGAUUGGUGGUGAAUGAAAUUUGAAAUCAUAUUUUCACGUUAUAAUAUAUAGGUACCAUUGGUUUAAAAUGAUAACAGCGGCAUUUUAAAACUGACAUUAUAAAAGUCUACUUACAUAAAGUUUGAAUGACCAAUUUGUGAUUAAAAUAUAUAGCAUAUCCCUAUUUAAACAAUCCGUAAAGAUAAUCAAACCUUAAUAGCGCGUAUUCGUAAUGAAUACCGUAUUCAAGAUCUCGAACAAUGGUGUCAAAUUUGUUUGUUACCCUUUACUCAUCCAAUGGUUGAAAUAGUCUAUUAUUAGAUGUGAUUCGCCUUUUCGUAUAUAUAUAUUUUUUUACAUAUUGUUUGAUAUUGAAAUUGCAUAAGAAGCAAAAAAAUAUGUUACUUACUUUGAAUCUAGUACAAUAUGUAUUCUCUUAGUUUUUUUUUUUUUUUUCAUAAAUUCACUCCUUGUUAUGAAGUUGGGUAAUUUUCUAAAGUACAGUAUUUUAAUGUUCUUAGUGCGUUAAUGUUGUUAUAAAUAUGUAAAAAAUAAUUAAUCUUAAUUUAAAUUAAGGAUGAACUUUGAGCUUCAAGUUACAUAAUUUUAUUUCUGUUGAUUUUUGGGACUUGUAUAUCCCAUCUUUGUUUUAAUUUCGUAUACUUAAUAAAAGCAAGUGCAACUAUA